AUGCUGAAAGAUAUAGGUGGUCCGGGGAUCCUCAACGGCGUCCUUGUGGGUGUGGUCAGCUUCGGGUCCGCUGCGUGCGGCACCCCUGACGCGCCGACCGUCUUCACCAAGGUUGGAUUCUACGCCGACUGGAUCGACAGCAUUAUAGAACAGAACGUUGCCAGGGUCAAAAAGAGAACUACUCUAUUACGUCCUCUGGACCUAACCCCGCCCAUCUUCUAUACCUCACCCAAAACCACUUUCCAAGUGACCCCGAUGUUAAGAAUAAAGAAAAAAGCAAGAGAAAUGGAACAGAUUGAGAUGUUAAGAGAAAUACAGACGAAAGGCCUUUUGAAGGAAUUCGUAAAUAAAGUGAUUGGCAGCGAUGAAGCCAGAGAUUUGCUGCGAGAAGCUGAAGCAGUCGAUAUAAUGGAAAACCUUGAAAAAGGAACAAGAAGUCAACACACAUCUACUACUACUAUGGCAACAAAACCAUUGACUAUACCUACCAUCCCUGAACUUGACUUGAAUUUUUAUAGUAAUUCGUCUUCAGAAACAAUAGAAGAACUAUCAGAACUCGAAGCAGAUGUAACUAAGUCUGUAGAUAAAGACAAAGCACUGGAAACACAAAUCGAGAGAGACGUUAUGGAUAUAAUAGACAAAAUGAACGAAUUCGUCAACGAUACCAAAACAAAUGUAAAAAAAUUAGAACAGAACUAUGAUGAUAGCGAUACGAAAAACUUUUUGAAGGUAUUGUACUUACCAGAAAAGAAGAGAAAUUUGAGUACUACAAGCGCUGUUUCUGAGGAAAUAAAUGAAGGGAUACAGAUUCCUUUAGAAAUACCCUCGCAACCGUCCCUUGAUCUCACUUAUAGAAAUAAUAAAACAGAUACAGAAAUAUUCCUGUCGAGGCAAGACUUAAUAGACUUAUUUUCUGAAGCUCUCAAGGAGGAAAUCCAAAUUAAAACAAAGGCAACUCCAGGAAUCGUAGUGCAGAGAAGUGAAACGAGCACUAGUACAAUAAAACGGAACGCGACGUUAUCACUAAACGAAAUGAAAAUCUCUUAUUUGGAACAACUAAAAAAGAAAACAGUUUACACAAAGAAUUGAGAGGAAAUAUUAUCGGGGCAAGCUUUUAUUUAGGUGCAUUAAAAUGUGCAAUUUCA